AUGGCCUCAACCAGCGGCUCUCAACUCGUCAACCAUACUCUUCCCACUUCUGCCAGCUCUGCUACAUCGACCAUUACCAAGCCCGUCAAGGGAACCACCAAGCCCUGCUUUAGUUGCGGCUGCGGUGAUGAAGAUUGUGAUUGCUUCGUCUGUAUCGUUAUGUGA